AGGUCGUCCACGUUUGAAGAGAGCAGCAGUAACAGCGGGUGAAAUGCAUGCUGGGAUAAGUAUAAUCUUAUAAAAUGCAGGUGGAGGUGGAGAGGAAGUUUGUGUGUGAUUCAGACAUCCAGCAGAAGUUGCAGCAGAUUGGAGCCGUGUGUUUGGGUCAGCGCGAGUUUAGGGAUCAGUACUUCGACUCGGACGACUUCACGUUAACGUUGAGAGAUUUCUGGCUGAGGAAGCGGGAUGCAUCGUGGGAACUCAAGCGACCGUCAGCGUCCCGGAGGAGCGUGGAGAGAAGCUCGGAGAGACUGUGCACCAACUACCGAGAGCUGACGGAUCCGCGCGAGAUUAAAGCAGAACUCACGGAGGUGAUGAGGACGGAGAGCUGUGCAGAUGAUGAAGAGUUUGAGUCCUGGCUGCAGCGCCUGACGCUGAAGUGCUUUGCGGAGUUCACCACCGUGAGGCGCUCGUACGCGCUGGGGGACGAAGGGGACGGGACCAGGGUCCGGGUGGACCUGGAUCAGGCUGAUUUCGGAUACUGCGUGGGCGAGAUCGAGGUGCUGGUUUCGGAUGGAGAGGACACGACUUUGGCGAUGCGGAGGAUAGAAGAGGCCGCCCUUAAAUUAGGUCUGGCGGGUGAGAAGAAGGUCCAGGGUAAGAUGGAGGUGUAUCUGAAGAGGUUUCACCCACAUCACUACACCCAGCUCCUCGACGCUCACGUACUUUAAUUCAGCUGUUAUUACCUGUUAUUACCGUAUAGUUAUAGUACAGUCGUCAGAAUCUGUGUUCACAUACUUUUUCUCCAGCCUGUAGCAUUCGGGAGGAUCCGUGUGUGGAAUAAAGAGAUGAACAGUAACA